UGGAAUAGGAGCACAAAAUAACAGGCGUGGCUUACAAGUAACUUCCUUACACUCUCAAGAGGGCCGGUGCAUGCUUAAAAAAAACAAACAUGACGACGACUAACAGCCCGGAGGAUUUCAGCACGGAGAAUCACACCGGAGACCGAACAACGGACAAGCAAGAUGUGCCGUGCGACUCGUGCAUGGGCGACCCGAACGAGGCCGUCAAAUCCUGCAUGACCUGUCUGGUGUCCUUCUGCCCGGAUCACCUCAGACCUCACCUGGUCAACCUCCGAUUCCAGAGCCAUCGUCUAGUGGAGCCGCGGCAUCGCGUGGACGCCGACACGUGCGGGCGCCAUCACCUUCCGCUGGAGCGCUACUGUCUGACCCACGGCUGCUGCCUGUGCUCCGACUGCCAGGGUCAAGGGCACGCAGGUCACGCCACCGCGUCCUUGGGGGAGGCCCGUGCUCAUAUUGAGAAUGAGCUGCAGCAAAAACACCGGGAGAUCGAGCAGAGCGUCUCAGCGACCGACAAAGCGAUGGAGAAGCUGCACAGCAACAAGGAGAGCAUGAAGGCUGCGGUGCAAGAGGUGCUGGGUGAGGUGGAGCAGCAGUUCGCCAGGCUGCAGGAGGCGGUGGGGGAGGUCAGGAAGAAGGCCACCGAGCAGCUGGAAGCAGAGCAGACACGAGCGCUUCGACAGGCGCGGGGCGUGGAGGCGCACCUGAAGCAGAGGAGGGCCGAGCUGGCCAAAGCUUUGGCAGAAAUGAACAAAAUGGGGCGGAUCCAGUCCCACGUCUCCUUCCUGCAGGCAAAAAUACCACAUAGCAGACACAUUAUGUAACUUGGGGAUUUGGCGGACGGCCUCAGGGGUUUAUUUUGACGGCUGACAUGUUCGUAGUGUACACACAGUUAAGCGUCGUGACAAUAAGUAUGAGAUUUGGUUUGUUGUAGGAGUACUCGUUGUGGAAAGAGGGAGCGCCGGAUGUUUGUUUACCCGACGUGAGAUUCA